AUGCAUCUUGCUCUGGAUCUAAUUGCUUUACUUAUUCAUAUCUUUCUGGGUACUGAGGAGUUACAUCAGCUUCCGGUUGCUAAUAAGUAUGAAAGGUACAAAAUUCCAUAUUCACUACAAGCUGAUUUGUUAACUACUGCAUGGACAAUGGUAUAUCUAAGUGAUGAACAAUAUUUUCUCUUUGGGAAGAUGCAUGGAUUCUCCACUGUUGAUGGUUUUGUGGAGAUAAGCAACUGCUUGGCAGAGAUGAUUAAAUACGUGGCUAAUGAACCUUCUGCUGGUCUUUUCUUUAUUCAACAACACACACAGAAUGCAGUUCCCAAUGUCAUGAAACUUAAGAACAACGUUAUUCACAAGAGUCGUGAAACAACUUUGCACACAGAAGACUUGGAGGACUCACUGACAAUGGUGAGAUCAAUGAAAGAGUGUGGAUUCCCCAUAGCUCACGAGAUGAUUGGAGACAUUAAAAAAUCCCUUGUAACCAUGACAUCAAAGCAAUCAACAUCAAAUUUUCAGAACAGAGCUAACUCUGCAGUAUAUGCCCAGGAGGGAAGUGAAAUAAGGGGUAACUAUUUUUCAAGUGUUUUUAACUUUUCAAUACAUAAGACUAAAAGUCUCAAUUCGCCACCACUUGAUUCUAUGGGAUUGGUAAAUUCCAGCACUGAGGAGCUACAUCUGUACCGCAGUGUGUCAUUACCAGAUGCAUCGACGCAAGCUGACAAGAAGCCCCUAUCAAGCCAGGUUGAAGAUGAAUCUCAACCUGAACCAAGUAAUAUUGGGGAUAACUUGUUGUCACUAUCAGAAAAAUAUGAUGACUUCAAAGCAAGUAAAGAAGCUAAGCUGGAGGAGUGGCUUGAAGGAACAAGCAACAAUGGGGACAAUUGCCUACCAGGUGAUGAGAAAAGGCUCUGA